CCUCCCCCUUCGUCCCAGGAGUCGAGAGCCCCUUUUCUGUCCUAACGAAUCUCUUUGCGCAAAUCCGUCGCCAUCAUGGCAUACAGCUGGACAGAUAACAUCCUACUCAAGCUUGCAAAUGUCUUAGUUUACUUCUUGUUCCUGGGCUCCAACGUUUAUACCGUUGCCGGCCCAAAUGACAUCUACUACACCGGCAAGGACACUUAUAUUACUCCCGCACCAUGGGCAUUCCUCAUCUGGUCCCUCAUCCACCUCUUACUCCUCGGCACCAUCAUCUACCAAUUCACUGAAAACGGUCACCGCACCGUCGUCGACGGCAUCUCAUGGCGCUUCCCUCUACUCGCCGUUCUCAACAUCGUCUACGUAAACUUGUGGUCGACUUCUCAUUAUAUCAUUGCCUUCAUCUUCGCGCUCCUCGUCUCUUCGACUGUGACACACAUCUACUACAUCGUCAAGAAGUAUCACGAGCCCGCUAGCGUCUCUGAUGAGCUCUUCGUCCACCUUCCCUUCUCCCUCUACCACGGUUGGACCACUGUCCUUGUCGUGCUCUCCGCCUUCACUGCCUUCGGCACUGACCUACACUACUACCACGCCGGUAUUUGGACCAAGGUUUUCGUCUUCCUUGCGUUCCUCUUCCUUGAGUCCACCGCUGCCACCUACGCCUUCACCUCUCCGGAGGGCGACCUUCCAGCCGGCAUUGCCAUUGCUUGGUACCUCUGGGCUACCUUCGUUCACCAGACGCACGACAUGUUCGUCCACUGGAGCGCUCUCGCUUUCGCCAUCCUCGCUACCCUUUUCGUUGGCAAGGCUGUCAUUGCUCUCGGUAUCAAGAUCUCUCGCGGUGGAGGACAAAUCUCCCUUGACGAGGAGCGCGCUCCUCUCGUCGGCGGCAACUAAGGUGCACCAGGAAGGUUCCGCAGUGUCGGGUCUAUGGUAGCCAUGCGAGAGGUCUUCGCGGCUGUACCCAUCUCAAGAAGCUCGACGUGCGGAUGUCACGUUCAUGACGGAUGCUUGUUAUGAAAUUGGCACGGACACACGGAAUGAAUCACACACAUGCUUUCCUCAUUGCUCCAUCAGUACUUAGCUAUUGUUCGGUAUCUGUAUAUUAGCCUCGAAGCUUCAUUUGCAAUCAUAGUUGUCGAUUAGGUUUGCACUCUC